AUGACCCAAAUCUCUGCACAACCUCAAGCAUCUGCUCCAGAGACGACGUUCAGGCUUUCUGUCUCGACCGAGGCAGGAAAUUCGAGCCUUCUCGUCACAGUCGACCCUCCAGCUGCGCCUGGUGCAAAUGGAACGCCAGCGGAGCGUGCUCCAGUCGAUCUAUGCUGUGUGAUUGAUGUCUCGGGAAGUAUGGAUGACGAUGCUGCUGUUCCCUCUGAACAGGACAAGCCCAUCGAGGUCACUGGCCUCUCCAUCAUGGACAUCACCAAGCACGCGCUCAGGACCAUUCUAGCGAGCUUGAAAGAAGGAGACAGACUCGCACUCGUCUCCUUUAGCUCUUCAGCAAAAGUGGUUGCCAACUUGACGGCAGUCUCUGGCCCAGGGCGGGAUACCCUCUCCAAGGCCAUAGACCACUUCCGUCCUGAUGCUUCGACCAAUCUUUGGGAUGGACUCAGAAGCGGGAUGAAUCUUCUCAAUGCACACGAGCAAACCUCUGACCGCCUGCAAGCCAUAUUCCUCUUGACCGACGGCCAACCAAACGUCAAUCCUCCUCGCGGACAUGGACCGAUGCUCAAACAGUACCUCGAAACCAACCCACAGACAGCCUUCACCAUCAACAUGUUUGGGUUUGGUUACCAUCUCGACUCUAAGCUCCUGAGCGACAUGUCCAACCUUGGGGGCGGAACUUAUGGGUUUAUUCCCGAUGCUGGCAUGGUCGGUACCGUCUUUGUCCACGCUAUGGCCAACCUCUUUGCUACGUGUGCAACUCGAGCCACUCUGAGCAUCGAACUCCCAGAAGGCGUCACGUUAAAGCCCGUCGCUGGCUCUCAUCCAGUCUCGACUGCAUCCUGGGGGGCCACUGUCGACAUUGGAGACAUUCAGUAUGGCCAGCCCCGCCAGUUCAUCCUGGACUUGGACGGUCGCACGAGUGAACAAGAGAUUACCGUCACGCUCGGGGCACGACCUUGGUUCAGCUCCAACACUGAGAGGGUUACGCAAACUGCCAUCGUCAUCCCGACUCCUUCGUCCACAGUUCCAGCAGAGUAUCACUUGGCCAAAUUCAGACUCGAUCUUGUCACGUACAUCUACAACCUCUGCCGCAACCACCCGAAAUACAUCGCCAACUCGAAUGCACAAACUCACUUUACCUCUCUCGCAUCCGAAAUUGAACGUUUGCUCCCAUCCAAUGCCGACGCCAGCGGACUGGCAGAGGACAUUAAAGGCGAACUCACCCUCGCCGUCUCCUCGCAGGUCAACUGGAAUAGAUGGGGGAUACAUUACUUUCCCAGCCUCGCACGCGCACACCAACGUCAACAAUGCAGCAAUUUCAAGGAUGCAGGGUUGCAAGUCUAUGGGCAACAUUCGACCUUGUUUACUCAAUCCCGCGAUGCAGUAGACGCCAUCUUUGACGCCAUCCCACCUCCCAAACCGACCAAAAAGAUUGUCACGCAAGCACCCAACUAUAACACUGGAUUCCGUGGAACAUCGGCUCAAGCACUUUAUUCAAUGUCUCAGUAUAACCAACGCAGCGGACCGUGCUUUGCACCCGAAUGCCCCGUCGUCCUCGCAGACGGACAGACGAUACGCGUAGACCAAGUCAUACGCGGUACCGUCGUCCAAACGCUCUGUGGUCCACGAACCGUCGUGUGCGUGAUCAAGACACCAAUCCAAUUCGGCAGUGCCGCCCUCUGCACCAUGGGCUCCUUACGAAUCACACCAUGGCACCCGAUGCAACACGAAGAGAGCGGCGAAUGGGCGUUCCCAGUGGACAUUGUCUCCCCCACACUCCAAGAUGUACCCGCAAUCUACUCUUUCGUCCUACAGCAUUCACCCGAGAGCGACGCACAUUCGAUGAUAAUCGGAGGCACGACGUGCGUCACCAUGGGCCACGGUAUCCUCUCCGGCGACGACGUCCGUGCUCACGCCUUUUUCGGCUCGUACGCCAAAGUCUUGAGAGCAGUCGAACGUCUCCCGGGCUUUAAUGACGCAGAGGGUAUCGUUACGUGCGCCGGAGUCGUGCGCGACACCAAUGGGUUCAUCAAGGGUCUCCUUUCGCCCAAACUCGACGUCUCGCCCGUCGCCGUCAGCUUUCGCAUCAAACAAAACGCCGUUGCCGUCUAA